AUGGAUACAAACAGUUGGAGGUUUCAGCUGCACGCAGCUUCAAGACGAAGGAUGGUGAACAGGAUAAUGGUUACCUUCAAGAGGCAUCUCCCGUUCUCUGGACAGGAGGGGUUAGACGAACUUCAUAAAAUAGCAGUGAGAUUUGAAGAGAAGAUUUAUAAUGCUGCAACAAGCCUGGUUGAUUAUCUGCAGAAGAUAUCAUUGAAGAUGCUGAUCACGGAACCUAGGAUUGCCAUGCCAGCUGCACAAGCACAAGCAGAAGUGUCGAUGGUUUUCGAGAAAACAGACAGUGAUGGAUGGGUGGGACUUGCCUUACCUAUACACUCUCAACUUGUGUGUCAUGUUAGAGUUUUGCAAGCAGAUGUGGAAAGGAUCUAA